CCCUCUGAAGAGAGAAACACUCAGUAAACACAAUAGUGACCGCUUAAACCUCACUGGUCACUGGAGGAUAUAUUGUUAGUUUCGUGUUGGAAUAACUUUACUGUCCCUUUUUUCUCUUUUUGGAUCGAUUUCGCUCCGUCUUCUUCUGCUGGCUGUUUAAAUGUAAAAGGAAGCCAACGAGAGACAGAACAUUGAGAACAAUACAAAGUGAUCUGCAAAAUGCAGCAACGGAGGAGACAAGAGAGAUAGAGGAGAAGAUGAUCUGCAGGAUCCUUCUGCUCAUCAGCCUGACCUCCUGUGUCUCUGGAACAUUUGAAGUGGAAGUGACACAGACCUCCUACCAGGCAGAGGAGAACCACAACAUCACACUGGAAUGGAUGUUUACAACCAAACCUGACAGUUCCUCCACCUCACUGAAUAUCUACUGUGACAUGGUGACUGAUAAUAACGAGGGCUCAGUCCUGUAUCAUGUACAUAAGGGUGAUGAGGUCCCAGAGUCUCAGGAUAAACAGUUUGCAGGACGAGUUCAGAGUGACACAGACGCCCUCAGAGAAGGACGAAUCAGACUUCAUGUGUCCAGACUCAGGACUAAUGACUCGGGUCUGUACACGUGUGAGGUUUACACAGAUUAUGGUACAAACUCUGACAGAUGCGACCUCAAUGUCACUGCAGCUGUUGAUCAGCCAGAACCUCAGAAACCUACUGAGAGUCCACAACCAGAGAGUCGGGUAAGGAUCAGCCUCUUUGUUGGACUGACAGCAGCUGGACUCGCUGUCUGUGCUGGACUCUGCUUUGUCUUCAGACUUUGUUAUAAAUCUGUCAAGAGAGAACACACAGUUGUAUAUGAGACAGAAAACAUGGAUGCAGCAGAAUAGAAGUUGUGUUUCUCAGAGAGCUUCUCUUGCCCAGCUUUAAAUCCUGAAGAGCUUUCAUUGAUAUGCGGAUAAAAUCUGUGUUGACAGAUCUGUUAAACUCCUUCACAACACGACAAAUGACUUCAGUAAUGCAACUACCUAGUCCCCAUCCCCUGCCGGUCCGUCUAAACAACAGGCUAACGUCUCCUUGCCCUUUAUAUACUUUGCUGAAGCACAAAAGUGCUUCACCGCACCUUCACCACAAAAGUCUAGUGAAGCAGCGCUGCUUCACUAGACUUUUGUGGUAAAGGUGCACCGCACCGCACCUUUACUACCUCAAAACUUUACCAAACCUCGUAAUGUAUUACAAUGUUAAUGCUGUUAUGCCCUAUUUUACAAUGGAUAAUCAUUUAACUUUGUUAUAAAUCUGUCAAGAGAAAACACAUAGUGGUAUAUGAGACAGAAAACAUGGAUGCAGCACUAUAGAAGUUGUGUUUCUCAUUGAGCAGACUUCUGCCACUGCAUCUUUUUACUUUCUGUGUCCAUGAAGCUGAUUUUUCUCUGUACAUCCAACCUGAGCUUUGUUUGGACACACGAUUUUUUGAAGGUACUAUAUUUUGUAAAACCAGCUGCUUUUUCUUCAGUAUAUUACGACAAGAGGGUCCAGUGUUUGAGUUGUACUGGUAUCAGUCUAGUGUUUAAGUUUAAAUACAUACUUCCCUUUGGCUUCAUGUGUAGUGAUAAUGGUUUUUCCUACAAUAGAGCAGCUUCAUGACGAGCAUUUCAGGGAUACAUCAAUAGCAAUUAAAAGAGUAUAAAAUAUGUGCUUUUGUUUGAAUAUCUGACAUUUUCUAGAGAGUCCCAACUUUUUACUAUCACUUUCAGUUUUACAACUUACACAACUUCUUGGCCCUUUGGACUGCAAAUGACGUUUACUUUGAAAAGCCAUGCAGUUGUUAGCAUUGUCAGCAGUACAUAUGUGUGUGAGUCUGUUACAGUUCAGUUCUAAGAUUUGUUUUCUUGUGUUUUAAAAAAAAUGUGUUUUGUUAGUGUGAGUUGGCAUUUAAUAUCUCUCUGUUCUUCAAAAGAAACUUCUGCACACAUGCCACAAAUGAAAGUAAAGUAUAAAUGUGCUGCUCUGUACUGGCUUUUAUGUAUGUAUCAUGUAUUACUCGUGUAAUGAAAGACUGCAUUUCAGUUCAA